ACAAAUGAUUGGCAGGUUAAAUGAUUGAACGAUUCCACGCAAAGUGAUAGACUGAUCGUGUUUCUACCUUCGAGGAUUUUCCAAUCGAUGCCGUUAAAAACUCGCCACGUUGAAGCAAUGAAGACGGUUUGUAUGAUUGCAGCCGGAUGCGUCUGCAACAUUAUGAUAUCUGCUGUGUUUGGCGCAUUCGGUACCUACGUUCCUUACAUCCUGAGUUACCUCCGCAUAUACGACUCAACCCUCAAAUACAGUGAUAUUGCGUUAUUGGUGGCUUUGAACAACGUGGCAUUCAAUACCUUAUCCUGGUGCUCUGGCUUCAUGAUCAAUGCACUGGGGAUCAAGCAAACAGCAACCUUAGCAAGCAUAUUACUCAGCAUAUCAACUGGGUUGUGUUUCUUUGCUCUGAGAAACUACUGGGCAUUUGCAAUACUUACCUCCGCUGUCUCCUUCUUCAGUGCCAUCAUUCAAGCUACCAUCAUAGUUGUCUGUAUGGAGUGGGGUAAGAGACAUCGAGGAACAGCUGUGGGCAUCAUUAGUUUCUCUGAAAGUAUCGGGUCAACUCUUUUCAGCAUCAUAGGAACAGCCGUGAUAAACCCUAACAAUUUACCUGUUAGCCCGAUAUCAGGCUACUUCGAAGAGCCGGAGAUACUGGACCGGAUACCCGUAUAUUUUCUGGGGCUGGGGGUAGCCACUUUCAUACUUCUUAUCCCUACAUCUCUGGUUAUAUCCAUGCCUAAACAGGUGGAUCACGAAGAUUCCAGUAUGGAGGGUACGUAUUUGAUAGAGGAAUCAGAUGAUAUAGCGUAUGUGCGGUCAGUGCGAUCUAUGAACUACGAUCUGUCUCACGCAUCAUUCCCCGACUAUAAGAUGGUCAGAAAAAUCUCACAAUCCCAAUCGUCGUACAAGGCGAAACCAGAUAUAAUAAUAGACGAGGUGUAUGAAGAUGAGGAGAACAGCAUUACUAGCACGACUAGCACUAACAGUGAGAAAGAUCCUGGCUGGAAGGAAAUAUUCUACAGCAAAGAUUUCUAUCUGUUAACUAUUGUAUACAGUGUGGCAAAGAUCUGCAGAACAAUUCUCAUGACUUAUUACAAAGCUUACGGCCUUACAGUUAUUCCAAGUGACCAGUUCCUAACGAUGAUAGCAGUUUGCAGUAACUUUAUGAACGCCCUUGGUCGUCUCAUUUGGGGAGCACUGUCUGACCGGUUCCGAAGCAAGUACCUAAUAAUUGGUGCAGCAAUUUGUGGUAUCGGAGGUGUUGAGGCUACUUACUGGUGUCUUCACAGUUCACAUGCUCCAGAUAUACUGUACAUGAUUACGAUCUGUCUGGACGGUGUGAUAUUCGCCUCCCAGAUCCUCUUCACAACCUGUCUCUAUACUUACUUCGGGAGAAAAGACUUUGGCAUUAAGUAUGGUCUGGUAAGGGCUGGUCCUGGACUUGCAGUCCUAGGUUUUAGUUUCCUCCUCAAAUACGUGGACUUGUUUGACAGUUGGAAUGUCAUUUAUCAUUCCAUGGCGUGCUUAUGCCUGGGUUCCGCCCUCGUGUCCACGCUACUCACCAAUCACAGAAUCACACCCCUCAAAUAGAUCACACUCCGAAAAUAUAAUCCUCAUUAUUACGUUUCACACAACGCUGUCCACGUUUUCAUGUUUAAAAUAAGCUGUAUUCUAUCUCGGGGAUACGUUAUUGCCAUGUUCACAAUCAACUUCUGGGAAAUUCGGAAAAAAAUUUUCGCCAUUACAUUACACAAUAUCGCCAUAAAUAAAGAAAAUUCGCCAAAUUGUCUUUAAUUUUUCGUCAUGGAUAUCAAAAAUUCGUGGCGAAAACCGGAAAUGCUUGAAUAUAUGGAGUGACGUAUCCCCCUUCAUAAUCAUUGAUGCUUGAUAAGAUUUUCCAUCGAUAAAGUGCAUCAAUCACAUACACUUUCCUAAUUUAACGCAAAUCCUGACCUCAUCACCCUUUACCUAUUACAGAGUAAUUUUAAAUUAUUUGAUAUAGAUGUAUAUUUAUAAAUACAUAGGUGUUUAUAUGAUUUAUUUUUGAUUUUACAUUGGCGACCGCCGGGAUAAACAGUCAAUCGAUUCCUGAAUGAAUAUGGGCGGAGACACAUUUAAAGUUUUUUCAGAGCUGUUUUAGAAGGAUGUUGAUGAUACCCUUGAUAGUGAUACAUAUAAUAUAAAAUGGUGAAAAAUAUAUAUGCAAUUCAAAUUGAGGGGCGUGAAUAUGAAACUGAAAGAUAAUGAUCUUAACAAAAACAGGGUUUAGAAAUUGGUCGAAAUACUGACUAUUUGGCAGAAUGUUAAUUGUUUACACGCUGAGCUAUCAGUAUCAUUUUAUUAUUCGUUAUGCUAUAAGAUUGUUGUUGAUAAUCAUCACCUGAAUUCAGAUGUCCUUUCAUGAAUUUUUAAGUUUGUAGCGUUAUAUUCUUUUAACUGCAGUGCGAGAUUGUUUGGAACAUAUUUCGAUUCUGUAAAUUAUACGUGGUUUUUUAUUAAAUUGUGGAAUAUGCAAUCCAAUAUUAUAAGAAUUUUAUUUGUC